GGCUGGCUCUUAUUGGCCAUCAACCACCUGCAAGUGAACUGAAUGGGAAAAAGUGAUAAGAGCGCAGAUGUUCUGAGGUUUCAGUGGACUCCCAGUAACAUCUGAUGUGGAAGAAACUAUAAACUCUAAAGCUGGGGGCCUCCGUAGGACUUUGGAAAUUCAAAAACAUCCCGACAUCUUAAACUGCAGCAAAAUAACAUUAUGGCUAACAAGUGACCAACUAUUAGGAUACUUGAGAGUGUCUGAUAGAAAACCAACAUUAAACAGUAAUUUAACAGCUAACACAUGAGGGCACUGCUCCCCUACAGGAAUGUGUCAUGGUUUUGUCCACCCUGAGUAACUGUCCAAGUGGAUUAAAGGGUUAGUUAUUGUUGGUAAUAACUUAGGCAAAAGCACUUAAGGAUACUUAUUUGUCUUUAAAAUAUGUGGGCCUUUUUAGUGCUCAUGCUUGCCCUUGUUGUUAGGGCAUCAGACACUAACAACAACACAGAGGUCGAAGAACAGCUCGAUAUAGCCAGAGGUAAACUGCUGGCUCCCAGUGUGGUCGGAUGAGGCAUAAAGAAAAUGCCCGAGCUCCAUCAUUUUCUUCUGGAGAGCUGGGCUUUAUACCACAACUUGGAAUACGAUUCAUCGGAGGAGAAGAAUCCCCGUCUGAUAUUCUACAGCCAAAAGGACGAGGUAGUUAAGACUGUUCCUGUGAAGAAAAUGAAGGCAGAGGAGAUCAGCAGCCUGUUGGACUCACUAGGUUUCUACAAGAGGUCCCAGAAAGGGGAAGAGGUGCCAGAGGAGUUCCAGCAAUUCCCACUGCGCCCCCCCAAGGACGAGCUGUGAUGACACCUUGUGGCCUAAUGCUGCCGCUGCACCCGGGUUACAUUAAUGACGAGUGGGGCCCCAAGGCCAAAACGAUAAGCCAGGCACCAUUCUGAGGACUUGAGUGCCCGAUGUGGUGUGCAGCGUGUUAGUCAUUGCUGUGUUACUCAGAGUGUAUAUGCUUUAAAUAAAAAAGCUAAAAAUGA